AGGACCUGGAGUUCCAUGGAGUGAUGCGUUUCUAUUUCCAAGACAGUGGACAGAAGGUGGCCACCAAAUGCAUUCGCGUAGCCUCAGACGCAACCGUUGAGGAUGUGAUAGGUACCUUGAUCGAAAAAUUCCGUCCAGACAUGAGAAUGUUGUCGGUACCUUCGUAUGCCCUUUAUGAGUUGCACGAAGGGUGUCCGGAAAGGAAAAUGGCACCGGAUGAAAAACCUUUGUUGGUGCAAUUGAACUGGCAUGUGGACGAUAGAGAAGGGAGGUUUCUGUUGAAGAAUGUCGACGACAAGAUGAUGUCUGGUUCCAUGGGUUCGAUAGACUCCAAUGCUAGCUUUAGACGCAAACUUUCGAAAAGGGAGAAAAAACAACUCAAGAAGCAGGAAAAACUCUCUAGGAUGAAAAGCGAAAACGGUGAUAUUAACGAAAAGGAUAACGUGGCAGAAAAAUUAUAUACGGAACUCCCUGAAACGUCUUUCACGCGAUCAAUCUCCAACCCAGAAGCUGUAAUGAGGAGAAGGAGACAACAAAAACUGGAGAAAAAGCUGCAGCAGUUUCGAUCAAAGGACGGUGGUCCAGACACAGGUGGUACCCUGAAGAUCUACGGCGAAGCCUUGUGCAAAGACGUACCGUACAAAACGCUGUUGUUAUCGAUUCGCGAUUGCGCGGGUGCGGUAGUUCGCGAGAUGCUGGACAAGUACGGCCUCAGCAAAACCGAUCCGUCCCAAUGGUGUUUAGUGCAAGUGACCCAGCAGCCGGGAUGUCCAGAUACUGACUACAUCCUGGAUGAUGACGAGUGUCCCCUGAGUAUACUCAUGAACUCGCAGAAUAAUGGUAAGUAA